AUGGAUGAUAAUAACUUAUAUGAUAUCUCAUUAACUUCAACAACUAAAAGAACGAUAUGUCAACAACAGUUACCGCCACUACCACAAGCCCCUCCUCCUCCCCCUUCCCAUCCAUUAUCACGUAAUUCUACAAAUAAUUUCAGUAGUACUUCCUUAUCAUUAUCAUCACCUUCAACUUCUAUACCAAAGAGAGUCCCUUCAUUACCCACAUUGAAUGAAACUAGUAAUUCUUCCACUCUGAUUAAACGUCCUGGUGAUUAUUAUAUUCAGAAAAUAAAUUCAUCGAAGAGUUCACUAAAUUUUUCUCCUCAACAACAACAACAACAUCAACAAUUAAUGAUGAAACAAAGAAUGUCAACUGAUUCGCUCACAUCAGCACAAUCAUCAAUAUCAGAUGAUCAUUCAAUUAUUUCAUCUCAAUUUGAUGGAGUGGCUAGUACUAGUUCAACGGCGGCAUCUACUAAUACUCCUGAUUCAAGAUUAAAUUCCAUGACUUCUGAUUCUUUUAAAGAUAGCACAGUAAUUCUUGAUUCUAGUUUAGAUCUGCUGAGUACCAUAUCUCAACCAAACACUAGUACUGCUAGUACUACUAUUACCAAUCAAGUACUACCACAACCACAUAAAACUAAUAUUAAAUCAUCUUCAACUUCACAUAUACCUACCAUUACACCCAAAAUCAGAAGAGCUCAUUCAAUUUCUGCCAUGCAAACUUUAACUCGUACUAAAAGUAAAUUUAUAUCAUCUAGUGAAGCCAAACAACGACAAAAAUUACGUAAAAAGAAAUAUGAUGAAAAUGAUAAUGAUGAUUAUGAUGAUGAAGAAAUUCUGGAAGAAUUUUUAUUCAAUGUCCCCAUAAUUAAAAAUAAAGCAGAAUUAUAUUCAUUAACGUCCGCCAAUUCAAGUAAAAUAUCUCAUGAAAAUUUAAGUGGUAAUAGUUAUAAUAAUAAUAAUAAGAAUCAUGGUUCGGCAAAUUCAUCAUCAGUAACAAUAUUAUCAAGAAAUGAUCUUGUUUCAGAUCGUGAUCAAUAUUGUACUAUAAAGCCUUGUCCAUUACCUGGGAAAUUAGGAUCACUGACAGAUUUAUUAUCAAGUGUUGGUAAUAGACCAACAUCACAUAAUGAUGAAAGUAUUAUUGAAGAAGAAGAAGAAGAAGAGGAAGAAGAGGAAGAACAACAACAAGACAAGCAACAAUUGGGUGAAGUUGGUUUGGGGAUUGUUAAUGAUGAUACAACAAUUAUAUCCAAUAUAACAACUUAUUAUAAUCAACAAGUUGAAAUGAAAAAUAAAUUAGCUCGUCAAAAUGUCAUGUAUAAAAUUCCUAAUUUUAUUAAAUCUAAUAGUUCAUUAGAAGAUCUUCAUUUAAUAUCACUUGAAAAAUUAAGUGUUGUUGAUCCUACUAGACCAAGUCAUUUACCACCAAAAUCAUUAGAUGAAAGAAGAAAACAUAAUCAACAAAUUGAUAAGAUUUUACAUAAUAAGAAUAAUAGUUCACCUCAUUUAAUUAAAUCACCCACGAAAUCCAAUUUCGGUAUUAAUAAUAAUACUAAUGAUUCUAACAAUAAUGAUAAUAAUAAUGCUGUUACAUAUAAUCAAGAAUUUAUGACCUUAAUAGAAGAAUUACAACAACAACAAUGUUCACUGGAUUCGAAAUUAUUUAUUAAAAAAUUCCAAUCUCAACGUGAUAUGAUUCGAACAUUUGCAUGGACACUGAAUAUACCUAAUGAUCAAUGUUUCCAAUUUCUUUUAAAAAUAUUAUCAUUAAAUCAAAGUUGUCAAGAUUCUUUAAAUACAAUAAAGAAUUCAUUUUUAUUGUUUGAAAAUAAAUUUAAUAAUUUACCUGAAUCAAUUAAAUCUAAUAAAAUGAUGGAAUUUAAUAAAUUAUGUCAUGAUAUAAUAAUGAAGAAACCAUUAUUUGAAACUAUUCCAUUAAUAGAACAAAUUGAAUUUAUGGAAAAAUUAAAACUGAUUUGGAAUAUUAAAGCUAUAUCUGAAUCAGGUUUAAAUCAAGAUGAAAUAUUAUUAAUUGCUAUAUUAUUAAGAAUUUUCCCCACGAAAUCAUGUCAAGAUAUUUAUUGUUUAUUAGAAUUAAUUAAUCAAGAAGUUUUAACUAAAGAAUUUAAACAAAAAUUUAAUAAUAAUGUUUUAAAAUGGAAUAAUAUGAAUCAAUUAUAUAAAUUUCAAAUUUUACCAGGUGAAUUUGAAAAUUUAUCAUUUAAUUCAAUUUUACAAAUUUUAUUACAAUUUAAUGAUCAAUUACCAUUAAGUUUAAGUGCUCCAACAACUCCAAUAAUUGGUCCACCAACCGACACCACCUCCACCUCAACAACCACCACCACCACCGAGUUGAAAUCUUGUUCAGUUCAAUUAAUUAUUAAAUUAUUUACAUUAUUAAUCAUUUAUUCAUUUUCUUAUAAAACAAAAUUUAAAAAUAAUCUUAAAAUUUUAGAAACUUUUAUAAUGAUAAUUUUUAAUUAUUAUCAUUUAAAUUGGAAUAAUUUAAAUCAAUUAAUUAAAGAAAAUAAAUCAAUUCGAUUAAAUUAUACUUGUAAUCAAUUAAUUAAUUUGAAUUCAUUUAUUGAUAAAUGGAAAUAUAUUUUUAAAAAAAAUUAA